UUAGGUGGUGCGACGGUUCAGGCGUUUUCCUAGGCCCGACACGCACCGAGGGGGGCGAGAAAGUGAACAAAGCGUUGGAAGAUGACGAAGUCGGGAACGGAGCGAAAGAGGGUCCGGCGAGCCCCAGUCGGCGGCAUCACGGAGACCCCCUCCAAGAAGUCAGCUACAAAGAAAGAUGUGUUUCAGUUGUUUUCUGAGAAGGUUAGAGAUAACAAGCAACUUGAGUCCAGGUGGGCUAUUUUACAAGAAACAAGGGUCGAGUAUUUUAGAGGGAAGGAUUUCACUUGUUUCUUGAGAAAUCAUUCAGAUAUUAAGGAAAGUUUAGGAUCAGAUAAAGACCUAGAGGCAGAGGAUAUUGCUAAUAUACUGCUACAGAAAAACCUCAUCGUAAGAUGCGAUCGUGUGGUGAAAACUGUUAGGCCUGGGAAGAAAAAGUUGUCUUCAUGGCCUGCUCAUCUGGAGAUUCAUCCUGAGCAAGUUUUCUCAGAAAAUGAUGCUUUUUUUGCAUGGACAUUUAUGAAAAGACAGACACUAUGGCAGACAAUUAUUUCCUUCCUUUGGCCUCUGGUGGCGUUAGCAGUGUGCCUGUUUCCUGUUUAUCCUUAUCGAUGCAAGAUAGUUGUUCUCUAUUCAUGUGCCGGUGCUCUACUACUUUUAGUAAGCCUGAUUUUAUUUAGGGCUACAGUCUUUGGAGUUCUAUAUAUCCUCCUUGGAAAGCGCAUCUGGUUUUUCCCAAAUAUCAAUGCUGAGGAAACAACAUUUAGAGAGUUGAUCCGGUUUUGGCCUCAGAAAGAUGAAGGGGAGCCGCCAAAAUGGACAUCACGGCUUACUUAUGCUCUUGCUGCUGUGCUGAUCAUAAUUUUGCUUCGGCGCCAUGCACCUGAUGAGGCUGCUAGAGCCAGGUAUCAAAAGAAGGUUUCAAACAUUAUUGAUGAUGUCCUUGAGUGGUCCCCAACUUUAGCAUUAUCAGGGAUGAUGGACAGACAACAGCCUGUGGUUAAUGCAACAGAAACAAUACAUCCUUCGAAUGGAAGUACAUCCUCUGCAGCAGAAGAGACAUAUGUUGGCAGGGAAGUUAACUCAGAUGAAGUUGAUGAUGAAAGUACUUUUGAUGAUGAGGCUGAUCAUUCUAAACAUGAGAGCUGAACGGAGAGAUUUUAACCUAUUGCCUCAUUGCUGUCUUUGUUUAUUUGAUUUUAGACUUGUGUUGACCAUUAGAACUUAAAGAAUUUAAAAGUCCCACCCCCAAAAUAGAGUUUUUGAUUGUUAAGAUGGUUAUUUCUGCUACCAACAUUAAGAUGCUUGGCCAUGCUGCCUAUGCCUGCGUAGCCCAUAUGUAUUCUGUGCUUUGCCGGAGAAAGCGAGACAUGGUUCGAAUCUUCCUAUAAAAGGAGAUACUGGUUUCAGACCCCUGCCCAUAUUUUCAGAUGGAAAACCAAACAGUUUGCUGAUUCAUACCCUGUGCUCUUCAAGGAACCCGUUAUUUUGUAUGCGGCUCCUUCGGUGGAUCUUAUAGUUUUAUGCAUAAAAUUGGAGCUGCAUCUAUACUUCCAUAACCAAUAUAUCAUGGCAGUAACUGCCGCUCUGGAAUAUCUUGAAGCUAUAGUUUAUAAGAUUUUCCUGCGGACUUGCCUGAAUUAUUUCAA